AUGGGGAGCUGGGGGUGCUUCCGGGGGCUCAAGUCCCAGGCCAGCCCGUCCCACACUGCACACUCGCCCCCGCCAGGCCCCGUGUGGGAUGCGGAGAACUUCCUUAUGGGAGCGCCCGCUGGGGACCUGCAGGGGCCCCUGAGCCCCCUGGUGCAGCUGGAGGCCCUCUCAGCCCCGCAGGAGGCUGUGGAGGUGAGGGUGUUUGCAGGCCUGGGCCUGAGCCGAGAGGCCUUCCUCACCACUGCUGAGUUUGGGACUCAGGCGCUUGGCCGGCCUGCCCAGCUUAGGCGGCAGGUGCACCGGCCCAAGGGAGGAGCAGGAGCCCCAGAAAACAGCAGUGCACCUGACAGCAGGCCCCUGGAGAACAGGACUGAGCUGGUCCCUGCGUGCACCCUAGGGGGACACCUGUGCCCCAGAUCCAACAUCUGCCUGCCACUAGAUGCCCCCUGCCGCCCUCAGGCCUGUGCUAACGGGUCCUCACCGGGGCCAGGGCGCCCUGGGGCCUCCUACCCACUGUAGCAGGAGCUCCUCUUCUCUGUGCCGGCUGGGCCGUUGGCCCAGUACUUGGUCACCUUCCAUGGCCAAGGCAGCCCCCUGCUCCCUGGUGACCUCAUCAGCUUGCAGCAUGAUGCUGGGGCAGGCGCCCUCCUGCACUGCCCGCCAGCGCACAGCCACUCUGGCUCCGAGGUCCCGUACUUCUCCACGAGUGCCUCGGCCUGGCUGACCCGCCUGCCCGCCCAGCUGGAGGCGGCCCCAGCCGACCCUGCCUGCACACUGAGGCUGCUGGCUGCCACGGAACAGCUCACCCCACUGCUGGGUAUGAGGCCCAAUCCGGGGUUGCGGCGGCCAGGGCACUAUGAGGUCCUGGCCAUGGUGGGCAACAGCGUGUCCAGGCAGAACCUGUCCUGCAGCCUCACUGUGCUGUCCCCAGUGGCUGGGUUGCGAGUCGUCCACCCCAUCCCCCAAGAUGGCCACUUCUGUGUGUCCACCAACGGCUCGGCCUUGGUGCUCCAGGUGGACUCUGGUGACAGUGCCACAGCCACAGCGCACUGGCUUGGAGGCAGUGUCCAUGCACCCUUUGAGGCCACCUGCCCCACCACAGUGGCCGCCCUGGUGCCUGGCUGUGCCGAGGCCAACGCCACCCUGUUCUCAGUGUUGGCGCUGCCUGGGCUCAGCAAGGGUGCCGUGGAGGUGGUGGUGGAGAACAGCGCCGGCCGUGCCAACCUCAGCCUGCCAGUGAGGGCUGAGGAGCCCAUCAGCGGCCUCCAGGCCCCGCCCUGCCCCAAGGCCCGCGUGCUGCAGGGCGUCCUGGUGAGGUACAGCCCCGUGGUGGAGGCCGGUUCAGACGUGAUCUUCUGCUGGACCAUCGACGACAAGCAGUCCCUGACCUUCCACAACGUGGUGUUCAACGUCAUCUACCAGAGCACCGCUGUCUCCAAGCUCUCGCUGACGGCCUCCAACCACGUGAGCAACGUCACUGUGAACUACAACGUCACCGUGGAGCGCAUGCACAGGACGCAGGGCCUCCGCAUGUCUGUGGUGUCGCCCAUGCUGCCCCUCGGUGCCACAUUAGCGCUGGCUUCCAACGUGCUCGUGGACGCAGCCAUGGACGUGGCCUUUCUGUGGACCUUCGGGGAUGGCGAGCAGGUGACGGGCCAGUUCAAGCCUCCGUACAGCAAGUCCUUCCAGGUCCCAGACCCCACAGUGGCCCAGGUGCUGGUGGAGCACAACGUCACGCACAGCUACACAGUCCCAGGUGUGUACAACCUGACCUUGCUCAUGUCCAAUGCCUUCGAGAACCUGACUCGGCAAGUACCUGUGAGUGUGCACGCCUCCCUACCUGCUGUGGCUGUGGCUGUCUUGGUGGAGGGGCAGCCUGUCACCUCCCCACACCCGCUGCCUUUGCCCAUGGGAAUCCUCUACUCGUGGGACUUCGGGGAUGGCUCCCCAGCCCUGAUGCAGCACCAGCCUGAGGUCAACCGCACAUUUGCCUCGCAGGGCAUGUACCAUAUCUACCUGGAGGCCAACAACAUGGUGAGCAGUGCUGCGGCCUGCACCAGCGUCCACGUCCUUGACGGGCUCCGUGGCCUGGGCGUCACCAACAUGCUGGGCAGUGCCUCGGCCACUCCCACAGUGGACUUUGUGGAACCUGUGGGGUGGCUCUCUGCGGCCACCUCCCCAAACCCAGCUGUUGUCAACACGAGUGUCACUCUCUGUGUUGAGCUGGCUGGCGGCAGCAGUGUCAUUUAUCCCUGGUCCCUGGAGGAUGGGCUGAGCUGGGAGACCCCAGAGCCCUCUACCCUCCAUGCCUUUGUUACCCCCGGCCUGUACCUGGUCACAGUCACAGCCAAGAAUGAACUGGGCUCAGCCAAUGCCGCCAUUGAGGUGGCCGUGCAGGUGCCUGUGAGUGGUCUCAGCAUCCGGGCUGGUGAGCUAGGCCGUGGCUUCGUGGCAGCCAGCUCCACUGUGCCCUUCUGGGGGCAGCUGGCCUCAGGCAGCAACAUGAGCUGGUGCUGGGCCGCUCUGGGUGGCAGCAAGCAUGGCCAGCAUGUCACCAUGGUCUUCCCUGAUGCUGGCACCUUCUCUGUUCAGCUCAACGCCUCCAAUGCAGUCAGCUGGCUGGUAGCCACACACAGCCUCACAGUGGAGAGGCUUGUGGGCCUGGCACUCUGGGCCAGCAGCAAGGUGGCAGCGCCUGGUCAGCCGGUCCACUUUCAGAUCCUGCUGGCCACUGGCUCAGCUGUCAGCUUCCACCUGCAGGUCAGUGGGGCCGUCCCUGAGGUGCUCUCUGGGCCUCAGUUCUCCCACAGCUUCCCCCACAUUGGGGACCACGCAGUGAGCAUCCAGGCUGAGAACCACGGGAGCAGGGCCCAGGCCCAGGGGCGCAUCUUGGUGCUGGAGGCCGUGGGUGGGCUCCAGGUGCCCAACUGCUGCGAGCCCGGCAUUGCCACGGGUGCUGAGAGGAACUUCACGGCCUGGGUGCAGCGGGGCUCCCGUGUCGCCUAUGCGUGGUACUUCUCCUUGCAGAAGGUCCAGGGGGACUCGCUGGUCAUCCUGUCGGGCCGCGAUGUCACGUACACCCCUGUGGCCGCGGGGCUGCUGGAGAUCCAUGUGCGUGCCUUCAACGAGCUGGGGGGUGUGAACCGCACACUGGUGGGUGAGGUCCAGGGUGUCAUCCAGCACGUGGCACUGCACAGCGGCCGCUGUUUCACCAACCGCUCAGCCCUGUUCGAGGCUGCCACGAGCCUCAGUGCCCGGCGUGUGGCCUACCACUGGGACUUUGGGGAUGGGGCCCCGGCUGAGGACACACAGGAGCCCUGGGCUGACCAUUCCUACCUGCGGCCUGGGGACUACCGUGUAGAGGUGAAUGCCUCCAACCUGGUGAGCUUUUUUGUGGCACAGACCACCACCACCAUCCACGUGCUGGCCUGCAGGGAGCCUGGAGUGGAGGUGGCCCUGCCCUUGCGGGUGCUCAUGCGGCGCUCCCAGCGCAACUACCUGGAAGCCCAUGUUGACCUACGGGACUGCGUCACCUACCAGACUGAGUACCGCUGGGAGGUGUACCGCACCACUAGCUGCCAGUGGCUUGGACGCAGGGCCCGUGUGGCCUUGCCCAACGUGGACAUGAGCCAGGCCCAGCUGGUGGUACCACGGCUGGCACUGCCCGUGGGCCACUACUGCUUUGUGUUUGUGGUGUCAUUUGGGGACACACCACUGGCGCAAAGCAUCCAGGCCAAUGUGACAGUGGUCCCCGAGCGCCUGGUGCCCAUUAUUGAGGGUGGUUCGUACCGUGUGUGGUCAGAUACUCAGGACCUGGUGCUGGAUGGGAGCAAGUCCUAUGACCCCAACUUGGAGGAUGGUGACCAGACCCCGCUCAGCUUCCACUGGGCCUGCGUGGCCUCGAUGCAGAGUGAGACAGGAGGGUGUGCGCUGACCUUCGGGCCCCGUGGGAGCAGCACGGUCACCCUCCCCCGGGAGCGCCUGCAAGCCAGCGUGGAGUACACCUUCAGCCUGACUGUGUGGAAGGCGGGCAGGAGGGAGGAGGCCACCAACCAGACAGUGCUGAUCCGGAGGGGCCGGGUGCCCAUCGUGUCCUUGGAGUGUGUGUCCUGCAAGGCGCAGGCAGUGUUCGCAGUGAGCCGCAGCUCCUACGUGUACCUGGAGGGCCGCUGCACCAAUUGCCGUGGGGGCCUCAAACAAGGGCGCUGGGCCGCGCACCCCUUCGGCAGCGAGACGCUGGUGCUGGACGAGGCCAGCACGUCAACGGGCAGCUCCGGCAUGCGGCUGGCUGUGCGGCGCGGGGUGCUACAGGACGGCGAGGGCUAUACGUUCACGCUCACGGUGCUGGGCCGCUCGGGCGAGGCGGAAGGCUGCGCCUCCAUCCAUCUCGCCCCGAUCCGGCCGGACUCCUGCUGCCUCUUCCCGCUGGCAGCGGUGCAUGCACUCACCACCAAGGUGCACUUCGAGUGCAUGGGCUGGCAGGAUGCAGAGGAUGCGGGUGCCCCGCUGGUGUAUGCCCUGCUGCUGCGGCGCUGCCACCACGGCCACUGUGAGGAGUUCUGUGUGUACAAGGGCAGCCUGUCUGCCUACGGGGCCGUGCUUCCCCCUGGCUUCGCACCCCACUUCCAGGUGGGCCUGGCCGUGACGGUGCAGGACCAGCUGGGCGCCUCCGUGGUUGCCCUUGACAGGUCUCUGGCCAUCGCCCUGCCAGAGCCCCCAGGAGCCUCCCCAGACCUCAUGGCCUGGCUGCACAGCCUCGCAGAGAACAUGCUGCCCAGGCUCCUGAGACAGGCUGACCCCCAGCACAUGAUCGAGUACUCAUUAGCGCUCAUCACUGUGCUCAACGAGUAUGAGCAAGCCCUGGCUGCAGCAGCAGAGUUGGACCCCAGGCAACAGCUUCGAGCCCAGAUACACAAGAAUGUCACUGAGACUCUGGUCUCCCUGCGGGUCAACACUGUGGACGACAUCCAGCAGAUUGCGGCCGUACUGGCCCAGUGCACGGCGUCCAGUCCAGAGCUUGUGUGCCGCUCGUGUUUGAAGAAGACACUGUACAAGCUGGAAGCCAUGAUGCUCGUCCUGCAGGUAGAGAAGGCCACAGGCACAGGGAUGCCCACCACCAUUGCUGACAGCAUCCUCAACUUCACUGGCGGCCUCAUCCACCUGGCCAGCUCAGAUGUGCAGGGCCCACAGCCCUCUGAGCUGGGGGCCGAGCCGCAGGCGCUGAUGGUGGCAUCCAGGGCCUACCACCUCUCCUCGGCCCUCAUGCGCAUCCUCAUACACUCCCGUGUGCUUGAUGAGGAGCCCCUGACGCUGGUGGGCGAGGAGAUCGUGGCGCAGGGCAAGCGCUCAGACCCGCGGAGCCUGCUGUAGGGUGCCGCCUCGGGCCCCGGCUGCCACUUCUCCAUCCCCAUGGCCUUCAGCGGGGCCCUGUCCAACCUCACCGACGUGGUGCAGCUCAUCUUCCUGGUCGACUCCAACCCCUUCCCCUUUGGCUACAUUGGCAACUACACGGUCUCUACCAAGGUGGUGUCCAUGGCCUUCCAGACACAGGCCGGUGCCCAGAUCCCCAUUGAGCAGCUGGCCUCAGAGCGUGCCAUCACUGUGAAGGUGCCCAACAGCUCCGACCAGGCGGCCCAGGGCCCGCGAGUCCCUGCCAGCUCCGCUGUCAUCCAACCCUGGGCCUCGGUCAGCAUGGUGGUCGCCCCCGAGAGCAGCAGCCCCAAGGCAGGGCUGCACCUGCAGCUCACCUACAUGGUGCUGCACGGGCGCGACCUGCCAGAGGAGCCUGAGCCCUACCUGGCUGCCUACCUGCAUUCAGCACCAUUGCCCAACGAGCAUAACUGCUCAGCCAGCAGGAAGAUCGGCUUGGAGGCUCUGGCAGGAGGCGACCACAGGCCCUACACCUUCUUCAUGGCCCCAGGGACCAGAGAGCCAGGUGGGACGUACUACCUGAACCUGACCAGCCACUUCCACUGGUCGGCGCUUGAAAUGUCUGUGGGUCUGUACGCAUCGCUGUGCCAGUACUUCAGUGAGGCAGAGAUGACAUGGCGGACGGAGGGGCUCCUGCCCCUGGAGAGGACCUCGCCCAGCCAGGCUGUCUGCCUCACCCGCCACCUUACUGCCUUCGGCGCCAGCCUCUUCGUGCCCCCCAGCUGUGUCCACUUCAUCUUCCCAGAGCCAGCGUCGGCCCUGAACUACACCGUCCUGCUGACGUGCGCCGUGUGCCUGGUGACCUGCAUAGUCAUGGUGGUGAUCCUGCGUAGGCUGGACCCGCUGGCUGUCAGUCGGGUCCAGGUCAUCCCUUUCUGUGGGAAGGGAGGCCGCUUCAAGUACGAGAUUCUGGCAAAGACCGGCUGGGGCCGAGGCCCAGGUACCACGGCGCACGUGGGUAUCAUGCUUUAUGGGGUGGAGAGCCGGAGCGGCCACCGGCACCUAGAUGGGGACAGAGCCUUCCACCGCAACAGCCUGGACAUCUUCCAGAUCGCCACCCCGCACAGCCUGGGCAGCGUGUGGAAGAUCCGUGUGUGGCAUGACAACAAAGGGCUCAGCCCCGCCUGGUUCCUGCAGCAUGUCAUCGUCAGGGACCUGCAGACAGCCCGCAGCACCUUCUUCCUGGUCAACGACUGGCUGUCGGUGGAGACUGAGGCCAAUGGGGGUCUGGUGGAGAAGGAGGUGCUGGCAGCAUGUAAGGCCCAUUUUGCCCGCUGGCUGGGGACGUGGCCUGAGCCUCGGGCCUCCUGAAGCCACCCUGUGCCCGCCCACAGGUGACGCAUCUGGCUCUCCAUAAGGGACCAGCCGCCUUGAAGCCGCUUCACUCGCGUCCAGCGGGCCACCUGCUGUGUCCGCCUCACCUGCCUCUUCCUGGGCGCCAAUGCUGUGUGGUACGGGGUCCUGGGAGAUGCUGCCUACAGCGUGGGGCCCGCGUUAAGUCUGAUCCCGCUGAGGGCUGACACGGUCGCCGUUGGCCUGGUGUCCAGCGUGGUUGUCUACCCUGUGUACUUAGUCAUCCUGUUCCUCUUCUGGAUGUCCCGGAGCAGGGUGGCUGGGGGCCCGAGUUCCACCCCCUCCGGCCAGCAGGUUCUGGACGUGGACAGCUGCCUGGACUCAUCUGUGCUGGACAGCUCCUUCCUCACCUUCCCAGGGCUGCGUGCUGAGGCUUUUGCAGGACAAAUUAAAAAUGACUUAUUUCUGGAUGAUUCUAAAAGGUAG